AUGGCGUUUCCAAGGAGAGAAUUCCGCGCUAUUUCGUGGGCCUCCCAACUCCUGGCUUACAGACAGCCUUCGUGGAAAUGUGCCUCUUGCAGAAACGUCCGACCGGCCGGGUUGGGCUCUCCGCGCAGGUUUGCGACGACAACAGCGCUUCAGGAUGAACUGUCGAAGAAGAAGCCUUACUAUGUUACUACUCCGAUUUUCUACGUUAAUUCUUCUCCUCAUGUCGGUCAUUUCUAUACCAUGGUGAUCGCCGAUAUCAUAAAGCGAUGGCGGGUCCUUCUUGGGGAGGAAGACGCUCAGCUUUUAACCGGGACCGACGAGCAUGGAAUGAAGAUUCAACAAGCUGCUCUCGCAGCGGGAAUGGAUACCCAAGCUUUCUGCGAUAGGAAUUUCAAGACGUUCGAGGCCCUAGCGAAAGCCGCGAAUAUCGACAAUAACCAUUUUAUUCGAACCACCGACCCAGCACACAGGGAAGCGGUUCAUUACUUUUGGGAAAUGCUCAAUCACCGAGGCUACAUCUAUACUGCGAAACAUGAGGGGUGGUACUCUGUCAGCGACGAAACUUUCUACCCACCAUCGCAGGUGCAAAACUCAUUGGAUCCGUCUACCGGGAGAAAACGAAUGGUCUCCGUCGAGACCGGAAAGGAAGUGGAGUGGUCAUCUGAAACGAAUUACCAUUUCCGCUUGACUGCCUUCCAAGACCGCCUGCUCGAGUUGUAUGAAAACAACUUUGUCACCCCUGGGAACUAUGUGCCUGACAUCAUUAAAUCCGUCACUACGAAUCUCCAAGAUCUCUCCAUCUCCAGACCCGUCGAGCGACUGAAUUGGGGAAUUCGCGUUCCCGGCGACGAAACACAGACCAUCUACGUUUGGCUGGAUGCGCUCGUUAACUACCUGACCAAGGCGGGAUAUCCAUUCCCACCAGGUCAAGAAGGCCAAUUUGGAUGGCCAGCCGAUGUGCAUGUGGUCGGCAAAGAUAUCGUUCGCUUCCACUGCGUUUAUUGGCCGGCUUUCCUCAUGGCUUUGGAUCUUCCUCUUCCGCGUAAUGUUCUUGUACACGGUCAUUGGACCAUGAACCAUGAGAAAAUGUCGAAAUCAACCGGAAACGUCGUGAACCCCUUCUUUGCUAUCGAUCGCUUUGGCGUUGAUACGAUGCGCUUCUUCCUUGCAUACCAGGGAGGCUUCGAUGGAGAUUCCGAUUAUGACAACGCCUACAUUAUCAGGGAUUAUAAGAAGGUUCUUCAAAGCGGAAUGGGCAAUCUCGCACACCGCACAAUUGGUUGCGCAAAGGGGAAUUUGCGGUCGUACAUUAUCAAUGCCGCCACUGAUAAGCUCCCGCCAGCCACAGCUCUGGACCAAGAGCACCAAUCGUUUCUAGAGCAAAUUCCCAGCAAAGUGGCCGAACACAUGGAGAAUUUGAACCCUCGUUCCGCCCUGCAGGAUAUCGUAUCAAUUGUUGAGAAGACAAACAAAUACUUCCAUGCCGCGGAACCAUGGAAGGCCCGGCCAGAGUCGCAGAGGAUCCUCUACACCGUGGCGGAAUCGCUACGAAUCUCGGCCAUUCUAUUGCAACCGUUCAUGCCUAACAAGUCGCAAGAUCUGCUCAAUAUUCUCCGCGUAGAUAAUUCUAAGCGAAGCUUCACAGACGCCGGGUUCGGUUCCGAUGCAGAGUAUGGGGAAGGUAUCAAAAAGAGCAUCCUUUUUCCGCCCCUUGUCAUCGAAGAAUAA